CGGCGUCAACGCGGCUCAGAAUAACGCGCUCUCUGCGCUGCGCAAAACUCCUUCAGCAGCGGCACACGCGAUGCCACACGGUUUGGAGGAAACCCAGCAAACUCUGAAGAGCAGCAUGAGCUCUCCUGUCAACAGGUAAGACGAGAAACCUGACGCGCAAUCUGCUGCUCUGAGGGAAGUAAACCAUGUCUGAGGAGAACUGAGGAACCUGGACUCUGAAGUUCUUCAGCCUUUGAUUACCAUGAGGACUAGACUAGACUAGACGGAUCAUGCGCUGCGAAAGACUCCAAAGCAAGAAGAGCCCUGGACGCAGAUUUCUCUCAUGCAGCAUCUGUUGUGAUAUGAUGAUGGCCUCGGAGCUGGUGUGUGGACUCAUCUUCAGACUGCUGCUGCCACUGGGCCUCGCCGCAGCAUGUUUGUUCCGGUACAACUGGCUGUCCUUCGUCUACCUCAUCUUCCUCUUACUCAUCCCACUCUUCGCCGAGCCGACAAAGACAACGAUGCAGGGUCACACGGGGUGCUUGCUGAAAUCCCUGUGCUUCACCAGUAUGACGUUCCUGCUGCUGCACAUCAUCUACCAAAUCACAAUCAACAGUCUGUUAGCAGGAGACAACAUCGAGCCCAACUUCAACUGUUCAUCAUGGGAGAGAUCAAUACGGCAGCUGGGCUUUGAAAGUGUCCGAGGUGCAGACGCCGGGAACGGCAUCCGAGUGUUCAUCCCAGACAUCGGCAUGUUCGUGCUGGGUCUGGUCUCAUGGCUCCUGUGCCGCAGUCUGGAGAAUGUGUCUCAGCACAACAGCGACUUUGAGCUGGACGAUCAGGAAAAGGAGGAUGAGGAAGAAGACAAGAAAAGUGAGAAACUGGAGCUUGAGGAUGAGCUGCUGUUCGAAGACUUCGAGCUGGGAGAUGAAGACCGUGAACUUCCUGAGGAAGAGGAAGUGGACGUAGAGGAUGGGGAACUUGAGGAGGCCGACGUCGAAGAAAGUACCAAAAUGAAGAUCCUGCGGCAAAUAGCAGACGUGGCGUCCAAACUCAAAGAAAUCGUUGGCAAUCUGAUUACCACUGCAGGAAAAGUAGUCGUAACCAUAUUAUUGGGCCUCACAGGUAUGAUGUUGCCUUCUCUGACCUCCACUGUGUAUUUCUUCACCUUCCUGGGCCUGUGCACCUGGUGGUCUUUCUGUCGCACGUUCGACCCGCUGCUCUUCAGCUGUCUGUGUGUCCUGAUGGCCAUCUUCAGUGCCGGACACCUCAUCAUGCUCUACCUCUACCAGUUCCAGUUCUUCCAGGAGGCCGUUCCGCCCGGAGACACUUACGCCAGUCUGUUUGGCAUUUCUCCUGUGGUUCAGACGGACUGCUCUCACACCUGGAUGUUCAGAGUCAACCCUGAUCUGGAGUGGCACCACUUUGUCAAUCCCAUCAUGCUCUUGGUGCUGUAUUACACCCUGGCCACGCUCAUCCGCCUGUGGCUGCAGGAGUCAGAAGACAUGGUCAGAGAGAAAGAGGGAGAGACUGAGGAACGAGAGGAACCAGAAUCUCCUGAAAGCAAUAUGGCCGUUUACACUGCAAAGAAGAAGAGGCAGCUGUGGCGAAUGGCUCAUUAUCGCACAGAUGAGAGACAUCUGCUCACCACACAAGAGGGCUACAGCACACCUGAGGUAUUGAUGGUAACCUCAAACGGAGCCUCGCUGGACUUCACGUCAGUCCUGCAUGAGAACGGGCCGAAGCCUGUGGAUCUCUACUCAAGCCCUCAUUACAGACCCGGCCGACCCGAGUCUGAUCCGCAGAAAGUGGACUGCGGUGUUUACAAGAUUGACUCGGUGUAUGUUGAGCUUCCCGAGGUUCCCCGGCCGUUCGGUGUCGUUCGUGUGAAAGCGGCGGUCAAGGCCUUCAGGUUCAUCAUGAAGCAGAGCUACAUCUGUGCUCUCAUUGCCAUGAUGGCUUGGAGCAUCACGUACGUGAGCUGGCUGACCUUCGUCUUCCUCAUCUGGUCCUGUAUUCUGUGGAUGGUGAGGGACCGGAGGAAAUACUCAAUGAUCACUUCUCCGUUCAUGGUGUUUUAUGGGAACUUGCUCAUCAUCCUGCAGUACAUCUGGAGCUUCGAGUCGCUGCAACCCGUUCCUGGACUCUUCCUGAAGAAAGAAGUGCCUUUCCGGGAACUGGGAUCGAAAACGUUGUGCCUCCUCAGUUUCUGGCUGCUGCUGAGGCAGUUUUUGACGGAGAGGAGAGAGAAACAGACUGUUGAAACGCAGCUGUCUGAUGUCAAAGUGGAGGGACACACAAUCGGAAUGUUCUUCUUCGUGAGCUUUGAGGGACGCAUCGUCAUGUACAAGAUAAUUUACAUGAUGAUGUUUCUCUUUUGCGUGGCACUUUAUCAGCUGCACUAUGAGAGGUGGCGCUGGAUGCUGAAGUAUUUCUGGAUGUCAGUGGUGGUUUACACCAUGCUGGUGCUCAUUCUGGUCUACACGUUCCAGUUUGAGUCCUCCAUUAAUGUGUGGUCCAACAUGACAGGCAUGAGCAGAGAGAAGCUGGAAGAUCUGGGUCUGGAGAAGUUCUCGGUUCCUGCUCUGUUCACGCGGAUCUUCAUUCCCACCUCGUUCCUGCUGGUCUGCAUCCUGCAUCUGCACUAUUUCCACGAGCGCUUCCUCGAGCUCACCGACAUCAAAUCUGUGGCCGACAAACAGAAGAGCACAAUCUCCAGGCUGGUUCAUCUGGAUGGCAGUCUGGUGGAUAUUUCCAUGGUCAAACCUUCAUUCAGCUCCAUAAAUGAAGAGGAGACUGAGGAGAGAGUAGACCUGGAGAAAGAGGAAGAUGAUGUUAAACAACGGGAGGAAGAGGAGAUCUCUGAGAUCUCGAUGACCGCAGAUCCUGAGCCGGACCAGGGGUCAGAGCUGAAGAAUAAGUGGCAUCUGGUGGUGGAGCGUCUGACGGUGCUGUUCCUGAAGUUCCUGGAUUGUGUUCAGAAGCUGCAGCUCUUCAUCUGGUGGCUGCUGGAGCUUCACAUCAUCAAGAUCGUCUCGUCCUACAUCAUCUGGCUCUCAGUCAGAGAGGUGUCUCUGUUUAACUACGUGUUCCUGGUGAGCUGGGCCUUCGCUAUGCCCUUCAGUCAGUUCAGACCGCUGGCGUCUAGCGUCUGCACCGUCUGGACCUGCGUCAUCGUGGUCUGUAAGAUGCUGUACCAGCUGACCUCCAUCAACCCGUCCUCGUACUCCAGGAGCUGCAGUAUGCCGCAGAACUACACAGACGCUCAGCGCUCAGACAUGGCCAGAUCUCUGCUCUACAGCGGCCCGGUGGAUCCGGCUAACUGGAUCGGCUUCAGGAAGUUUUCUCCGCUGCUGGAGAAUCUGAGGAAUAACUUACUGAUGCUGGCUCUCUUGGCGUUUGAAGUGACCAUUUACCGUCACCAGGAUUUCUACCGAAUGAAGAACAACCUCACCCCUCCGGUCACGAGAACCGUCUUUCACAACAUCACACGCCAGCAUCUGGACGACGGCAUCGUCAACUGUGCCAAAUAUUUCAUCAACUACUUCUUCUACAAAUUUGGUCUUGAGACCUGUUUUCUGUUAGCGGUGAAUGUGAUCGGCCAGCGGAUGGAUUUCUAUGCCAUGCUGCAUGCGUUCGGUCUGAUUGCGGUGAUGUAUCAGCGCAGGAGAAAAGCCAUCGCCCGCGUCUGGUCCAAGUAUUGCUUCUUUCUGGCCUGCAUGUUAGCCUUCCAGUACCCAUGUUCAGACUAUCCGUGGAGAAGGCCGUCUUCCAGCAUGGACUCAAACGUCAUCAAGUGGCUCUACUUCCCAGACUUCCACACCAAACCCAGCUCGCUCUUCCUCCUCUACGACUUCAUGCUGCUGCUGUGCGUGUCGCUGCAGGGCCGUGUGUUUGAGGAGGAGAGCGUGACGGCCGUAAAGCUGCAGGCGGGUGAUAAUGUGGAGAUCUGUCGAGAUCUGGACGCCGCCAGCUUCAGCCAGCACAACCCUGUGCCCGACUUCAUCCACUGCAGGUCGUAUUUGGACAUGCUGAAGGUGAUGAUGUUCAGCUAUCUGUUCUGGUUCGUCCUGACCAUCAUCUUCAUCACGGGCACCACACGCAUCAGCAUCUUCUGCAUGGGAUACCUGCUCGCCUGCUUCUACUUCUUGAUCUUUGGGGGCGAGCUGUUACUGAAGCCAAUCAAACGCAUCCUUCAUUACUGGGACUUCCUCAUAGCAUACAACAUCUUCGUAAUCACCAUGAAAAACAUUCUCUCGAUCGCGGCGUGUGGAUAUAUAAAAGCGCUGGUGGCCAAUCACUGCUGGCUGAUCCAGUUAUUCAGUCUGGCCUGCACUAUAAAAGGAUAUUCAAAGCCGGAGCAGAAUGCAAAUAAACUUUGUGAGCUGCCGAGUGACGAGGCCGGGAUCAUCUGGGACAGCAUCUGCUUCGCUUUUCUCCUGCUGCAGAGACGAGUUUUCACGAGCUACUACUUCCUGCACGUCGUAGCUGACAUCCGUUCCUCUCAGAUCCUCGCCUCCAGAGGAGCGGAGUUGUUUCAGGCGACCAUUGUGAAGGCGGUUAAAGCCAGAAUAGAAGAAGAGAAGAAGUCCAUGGAUCUGCUGAAGAGACAGAUGGACCGCAUCAAAAGCCGACAGCAGAAGUUUAAGAGAGGUAAAGAGAGGAUGCUGUCUCUGGCUCAGGAAAGUGGGGAAAGACACUCAGGUGUCAAGGAGGAAGAGGAGGAGGAUGAAGGAGACAACAGCAAAGAGAAGAAGAAAGACAAAAGGAAGCAAUGGUGGAAGCCUUGGGUUGAUCAUGCGUCCAUGGUCCGAAGUGGCAAUUAUUACUUAUUUGAGACAGAUAGUGAGGAAGAGGAGGAAGACGAGGACAAAAAGGACGAGGAACCUCCCAAAAGAUCAGCAUUCCAGUUUGUGUAUCAUGCCUGGAUAACUGACUCAAAAACUGCCAUGAAAGAGAGAAGUAAGGAAAGACGGCGAUUCUGGCAAAGGUACACGGAGCGCAGCACGAACAAGAAGAACCAGAAGCAAGUGCAUGUGGCCAUUGAAGAAGGAGAUCAGGAGGAAGGUGAUACAGAGCAGGAGGUAUCUGAUGGUCCAGAUAACACCCUGAAGCGAGUGUUUAACAUCGUGAAGUUCUCCUGGGUGCUUUUCCUGGCCCUGCUGGAUGGUUUCACUGCCUGGCUCAACUCCAUCUGCCAGGAGCACAUCGAUAUCUCCACCGUCCUGCGCAUUGAGCGCUGCAUGCUCACUAAUGAGGUCAAAAAGGGGAAUAUUCCAUCACGGGACAGCAUCCACACGUACUACCAGAGGCAGAUGUGCAGGCCAGCGUCCGCUGAGGACGAGUACUCGGACUUCAGCCCUCUGCGGAGCCAGGCUUACGAGUCCGAUCUCUCUAGAGAAAACCUGUCCAGGUUUAACCCCUCGUCUGCUGCCCUGCAGGGGAAUAUUCCAUCACGGGACAGCAUCCACACGUACUACCAGAGGCAGAUGUGCAGGCCAGCGUCCGCUGAGGACAAGUACUCGGACUUCAGCCCUCUGCGGAGCCAGGCUUACGAGUCCGAUCUCUCUAGAGAAAACCUGUCCAGUGUGUACACAGAAUCCACUGUGCUGUAUGAGUCCACUCUGGACCAGCCUGAGGAGACCAGCGACGGCGUUCUCAAAACCAGCCAGCGCUCUCGACCCAGACUCUGCCGCCUGCCUAGUGUAGACCUGCAGUCGUCGAGUGAGCUGUCCUCGCGGCAGGAGGCAGACCUUCCAGAGCAUCCAGACAAACUCUGGAGCAGCACCUCAGACCUGCCGCCUCCCUCGUACAGCAAAGCCACGGGCCUGGACUCAGUGGGACGCACCGAGGGCAGCAGGCUGAGGAUCCAAACACCUGACGAUGAGACGAGCGCCGACACUCAGCUGACAGCCAGCGAGCUGCUGCAGAGCAGGAUGUUCUACGACGAGGAGCUGGAGGCGUCGGAGCAUUUCUACCGCUCUCAGCCGCAGUUCCUCCAGCUCUGCUACGCUCUCUACAGCAUGCUGGUGGCUCACUCUGAGAUGCUGUGUUAUCUGGUCAUCAUCCUCAACCACAUGAUCUCCGCAUCGGUGGCCACGCUGGUGCUGCCCAUCCUCAUCUUCCUCUGGGCCAUGCUGUCGGUUCCCCGGCCCAGCAAACGCUUCUGGAUGACGGCCAUCGUCUACACGGAGGUCACCAUAGUGAUCAAGUACUUCUUCCAGUUCGGCUUCUUUCCGUUUAACCAGAGCAUAAAGCUGGACAAAUCCAAGCCCUUCCACCCUCCCAACAUCAUCGGUGUGGAGAAGAAAGAGGGCUACGUCCACUACGACCUGAUCCAGCUCCUGGCGCUCUUCUUCCACCGCUCCAUCCUGAAGUGCUACGGUCUGUGGGAUGAAGAUGAGCCCAGGUCAGGAGGUCAGACCGCGAUGUCUCAGCACACUGAUUCAGAGAAGAGCCCCGCUGAUGCCUCACCCAGAAAACCCCUCCACAGCAGCUCCGCGGUCCGCCGGCAGAGCUCCAGCGUCUCGCAGCGCUCGCACCCAUCUAAAGCAGGCAGCAGCGGCACGAGGACGAGCUCACUGAGCGCUCAACAGAAGAGCCGCAAGCAGCUCAUUAUAGAGAAGCUCAGAGAACAGCUGAUCAAAGCAAAGCGAUUCACUGUCAGAACGAUUCUGGAUACCUACAUUCCCAUUCGGCAGUUCUUCUAUAACCUGAUCCACCCGGAGUACAGCGCCGUGACCGACGUCUACGUGCUCAUGUUUCUGGCCGACACGGUCGACUUCAUCAUCAUCGUUUUCGGAUUUUGGGCUUUCGGGAAACACUCUGCUGCGGCUGACAUCACUUGCUCUCUGUCAGAGGAUCAGGUUCCCGAGGCCUUCCUGGUGAUGGUGCUCAUCCAGUUUGGGACGAUGGUGGUGGACCGUGCGCUGUACCUGAGGAAGACCGUGAUGGGGAAGGUCAUCUUCCAGGUCAUCCUGGUCUUCGGCAUUCACUUCUGGAUGUUCUUCAUUCUCCCAGGAGUCACCGAGAGGCGUUUCAGUCAGAACACAGUUGCCCAGCUCUGGUACUUUGUGAAGUGCAUCUACUUCGGUCUGUCAGCCUAUCAGAUCCGCUGCGGUUACCCCACUCGCGUGCUGGGAAACUUCCUGACCAAGAGCUAUAAUUACCUCAAUCUCUUCCUCUUCCAAGGGUUCCGGUUGGUGCCGUUCCUGACGGAGCUGCGGGCGGUGAUGGACUGGGUUUGGACCGACACCACGCUCAGUCUGUCCAGCUGGAUCUGUGUGGAGGACAUCUACGCUCACAUCUUUGUGCUCAAGUGCUGGAGGGAGUCGGAGAAAAGGUAUCCUCAGCCUCGAGGACAGAAGAAGAAGAAGGUGGUGAAGUACGGGAUGGGGGGGAUGAUCGUGAUGCUGCUCAUCUGUAUCGUCUGGUUUCCUCUGCUCUUCAUGUCUCUGGUCAAAUCUGUGGCUGGAGUGGUCAACAAACCGCUGGACGUGUCUGUCACCAUCACACUGGGCGGCUUUCAGCCCAUCUUCACUAUGAGUGCGCAGCAGAAUCAGCUGAAGGACGUCACUGACAGAGAUUUCAUCAGCUUCAUGAAUUCAUACAGACACAAUUCUAGUGCACUGCAGUUCUUGGAGGCGUAUACAGCAGAGGACGUGACUGUGGCAGAGCUGGAAGGAAGCUCGAACUCUCUCUGGACCAUCAGUCCUCCCAGCAGAAAGAACCUGAUGGAGGUCUUGAGCAAAGAGGACCAGUUCCCUGUGACCAUGUCCUGGAGCAUCCAGAGGAAUCUGAGUCUGGGAGCAAAGGCUGAGUUUGCAGUGGACAAACACAUCACAUAUCUGGACAUGAACACUAGACAGGAGCUGAUAGCGUUACUCAAUGGAACCAGAAAUAAACCUGUGGUCAUAGAGCAAGUGUUUCCCUGCUUUAUUCGAGCACCGAGUGACUCAAAUGCCAAACCAGUCGGUCAGCUUUAUACAGAUGAGGGUUAUAAGAGCAUCCAGCUGGACUUGGAGAGGUCUCACAACGGCACGGAGGACAUUCAGGAGUGGUGGAUUGUGGGCCAGCCAUCGGCAGGGAAGAUCCAGAUGAGAUCCGAGUCAAAGCUGGAGAAGAAGAGAGAGGCAGGACUGCAGCUGUACGUCUUCAGUGAUAAAGUCAGUCCUCCCAGCCUGGGCUUCCUGGCAGGUUAUGGUAUCAUGGGCCUCUACGCAUCCGUGGUGCUGGUGAUCGGGAAAUUCGUCCGCGAGUUCUUCAGCGGCAUCUCGCACUCCAUCAUGUUCGAAGAGCUUCCGUGCGUCGACCGCAUCCUCAAACUCUGCACUGACAUCUUCCUCGUGCGGGAAACCGGCGAGCUGGAGCUGGAGGAGGACCUGUACGCCAAACUCAUCUUCCUUUACCGCUCGCCAGAGACCAUGAUCAAGUGGACGAGGGAGAAGAACAAAUGAGCCUGCUGGGAUUGCCUAAAAACCCAAAGAAGGAUGCUGCGUCUUGCAGGAAGGUGGCGUUAAGACUGUGAGACAAACUCGUCGGGACAGGUUCGACUGCCAAUACAAUGAGACCUACAGCUGUACCAAAGAGCCCUGAUUCAGAAGCUGCCACGACCAAUGGGAUCUUUAAUGAGCUCUAGCGCCACCUGUCUGUCGGGAGAUUGGUUAGUCGCGCAUUGUGCAAUAUGCUGUCCUGGUAGCUGGCCGUAAACUUGAACAAAGAAAGGAGACGGUGACUGAACACUAGCCACUUUUUUCUUCAGAGAAAACUGGACCCAGAAGUGCUUGGGUUUCUAAGACUAUGUAACACUGAAAUCAUGAUCUAUCCUAGCUUGAACGAAGGACUGAAAGGUUCUCAGGAAGAGUAUCCGCUCUUCAGGAUGUCACGUUGCUGACACCUCGGUGUGAUUGUGGAUCAAUAUCAUGAGCAUAAAGCACAUGCUGGAAACCAACUAUUGUCUUGUCUACAUGUUGCACUUUUAGUUUUCGUUACGUGCAUUUCAAUUACCAUUUUGUAUGCAUUAAAAAGUCUACAGAAACUCAGAUCUAAAAUAUGCAAAAAUCACAAACUCUCUUUAUUCAGUGGUGUCGUGAAACCAUGCAAAUCCAGAAUUAACAUAAAUUGUUCCCUGCGAUUGCAAAGCACACCUUUUUCCAUUAAAACAAAAAA